GGACACCGAUUCACUCAGUCAUUCCAUCGUAAACUGCGACGGCGUCUGGAUCGAUCGAAUUUGUACGUUUGCUAGUGUGAAACGAAGUAUAUUCAAUCAUUUCUUGUUUUUUUCUUCGACGACUCGUUGGUUCCGGGUAAUAAAAAUGGAUAUUAGGAUCUUGACAUUGCUGUUGUUUAUCAGCGUUACGGGAUCCUUUGCGGACUUGCGGUCCCCUCUCUUCCGAUUGCGCAGAAAUGGAUUGCAAGAUGAUAGACCACGUGUCGUGGAUUUCGCUGGGCUGUCGAGGAUGAAACGAGAAUCCAGCAGUUCUGCCAGAAGCACCACUGUACCCACGUCUACUUUAAAUCCCGCUGUAACUCAGUCCAAAACAAAUUCUCAAAGUAGUUCCACGAAAGAGCCAAAUCCCACGACGCCUAGUUCAGAGUCUCCAAAAUCUACAACGCCUGAUUCAGAUCCUUCAACACCUGAUUCAGUUCCUACAACGACUGACCCAGAUUCUACAAAUUCCACGCCUGAUACAAGUUCAAACACUGGCAAGACACCCAAACCGAAAGCAACGAUCACACCUGCUAAGCCAACCACUCAAAAGAAUCGAAGAUCAACGCCCGAUGAAAAAUCCGCAACUGCCAGUUUGACUGCCACGACUACCGAAUCCAGCACGCCUGAUUCAGAAACCACAGCCUCUAGUCCAACUACCGAACCCAGCACGCCCGAUUCAGAAACCACAGCCUCUAGUCCAACUACCGAACCCAGCACGCCCGAUUCAGAAACGACAGCCUCUAGCCCAACCACGACACCUAAUUCAAAAGCACCAACAACCACACCAACGCCUGAUUCGAAAGCUCCAACUACCAAACCAACGACCAUUCCGAGUCCUAAAGAUCGCAGCAUGAAACCCACGUCCUCUAGUCCAACCGACAAGUCCACGACGCUGAAACCAAAACCCGAAACAACGAAAAAACCGACCGAUUCGGAGAAAUCGACGACGGCUACGCCUUUGUUAGCCUCGCGAUUUAACGACGACGAAUCGAAAGAGCCUAAUAAGAUCCCUGAAUCGAAACAACCUAACCCAAGCCAAGGGCCGAAUACAGGAAAUUUCAUGAAUCCUGGAUUCCCAAAUUUCCAAUUCACUCCGUUCUUCAUGCCUCCAUUUGUUCCCGACUUCUCGUCACCGUACAGUCCUAGCAAUCCUUAUUUCGCACCGAAUGCUGGUAGCAAUGCAUGGAGCGUGCCCAACGGUGGAGCUGGAGCUGCGACGUCUUUCGCUUCUGCUAGCGCUGGAGCUUCUGCUGGUGGCAGCACAAAUUAUAAUGCACAGCCAUUAGGUUAUCAAGGUGGAUACCCCGACAACUUGAACACUGUCAACGCACCCAUGGCUGUCGAGCCGACUAUGGGCAACGCGCCGAACAUGUUUAACGCAGGGGGAUAUGGCUAUGGAGGAGGCGUACCAUUUGACGGUGGAUUUGCAUUCCCUGAUAUCCAAAGGCAAAUCGAGGAAAAUAUCAGACAAUUGCAAACUUCGAUCCAAAAACAACAACAAUGGUUGUCUGAUCGUAUAGCCGAUGGAGGCAACAAUAUCCCUGGUGCACAUAGCGCUGUAUCUAGCAUUCAGUUGGGACCAGGAGGUGGUUAUCAAGCUGGUGCAAUUAAUCCGGCUGCGCCGGGAGUGGAAUCCAGAUUUGCCAAUGAACUUCCUGCACCUUCUGGCGGUUCCUACGGAGUGUUUUCUAGCUCUAGUUCUCACACUAUGGUCGGCCCAGAUGGUAAAACGGUCUCUCACAAAUCGUCGACAACAGGUGUAAAUGAUAAUGGAAAAAUCACUUUCCGGACAGUAGAGGACUAAAAUGUGUAUCCUUAACUGGAUUUACACAAAAUAAUUGAACGCUUACCGGGAUAAAAUACAAGUUGUUUCGUUGUUAUCUUUCUAAACUCAAUAUUCUCUGUAACUCAGAAUUAUAGAUGAUAUUUUUAAUCGUUUGCUUUCCAAAUAUACGUAAGUGAUUGCUAUAGAAA